AUGGAAGAUGUAGAAACUGCUUACGACAUCAUGGAGCAACUCCAAGAAAUUUUUGGGCCCAAGUCAGCGCAAGCUAGUUUCGAGGCUACCAAGAAGUAUGUGAACUGUAGGAUGGCAGCUGGCCAACAUGUUCAUGAUCAUUUUAUUAAGAUGAAGAAAUACUUCCUAGAAGCUGAGUUGCAUGGAGCAACAAUAGAUGAGAAGACUCAAGUUGGAAUCAUUCUCAACAGCCUUGCACCUAGUUUCGUUACGUUCACCGCAGACUAUUUUCUUAACAAGUUGGACUAUGGAAUGACUCAAUUAUUGAAUGAGCUCAAGAUGUAUUAA